AUGAGCCAAGUACCAACAGAUCUUCUACCUCACGAUUCAUAUGUGGGAGAGAUCUAUCGUAUCAAUAUCUCCUUCAUCUGCGCCAAUUCCAUCAUCAUCAUCAUUCGUUUGAUCGUCAGAGGUUUUGUCGUCGGACAGUUAGCCGUUGAUGACUUCCUUAUGGUGGCGGCUGGCCUCUUUGCCGAUGCCUUUUCCGCCAUGUCAAUAGUCGGCAUACGAUAUGGCCUGGGGAGACAUAUAUAUGACCUUCCACAGGACUCCAGAUUGGUUGACAACACGAAGAAAGUGAUCCAGACAUUGUGGACAUGUCAAAUCAUGUACGUGACGGCCUUGAUGCUGGUCAAGAUUUCCAUUGUGACAUCGUACCUUCGAGUUUUCCCGACGACGGUGUUUCGGAGAAUCAUGUAUGCUCUCGGCGUGGCCAUCAUUGCGGUCUGGAUCUGCAGUAUACUCGUCACCAUUUUCCAAUGCCACCCGGUUCGCGCAGCUUGGGACUUUACUCUUCCCCGAAAUUGCCUGCAAAUCGUCACGUUCUAUUACUUCACCACCGCUUUUUCCAUCUUUACCGACUUCCUGCUGUGUACCCUCCCGUUGCCGGUCUUCUUCAGGCUCAAACUUCCGGCGAGGCAAAAGUACAUUGUGUCGUUACUGUUUGCCGUUGGCCUUUUCGCAACCGUGGCGUCGGCUCUACGCAUAAGUGUCCUCGAAAGUGUCAACAGCCUAGAUGUCACCAUGGGAUCAGUAUCCACCAUGAAAUGGUCGGUGGUUGAGGUCGGCACUGGUAUCAUCUGCGCAUGUAUCCCCUGCCUGAAACCGCUUUUCAAGAACCUAUUGCCAGACAAGAACUCCGCCAACAGGUCUGGUAGCCGCGCCGAAGGGCCUGGUGUGCAUACACCUAGGCUAGGAACUGCACAUGAGGAGAGGCAUGAGCUGACCAAGCCCUCGGAAGGCUGGACGAACUUCAGUCGGCAAACGCUCACCCUGAAACAAGGCCCCAUGGUGACGGCGAAGAAUUUUGUUUAG